AUGCCGGUCCACUCGCGUGAGAAGAAAGAGAGCAACCACGAAGAAAUGGAGGUGGAUUACCCGGAGCAAGAGGCGAGCAGCUCGGAAGACGAGGACACGGAAAGCUCGUCUGUGUCGGAAGAUGGGGACAGUUCAGAGAUGGACGAUGAGGAUUGCGAGAGGAGGAGGAUGGAGUGCUUAGACGAAAUGACCAAUCUGGAGAAACAGUUCACCGACUUGAAAGACCAGCUGUACAAGGAGAGGCUCAGUCAGGUGGAUCUCAAGCUGCAGGAAGUCAUUGCUGGCAGUGCUGCAGAGUACCUGGAACCCCUUGCCAAUCUGCAGGAGAACAUGCAGAUCAGAACCAAAGUUGCAGGGAUCUAUCGUGAGCUUUGCUUGGAGUCUGUGAAGAACAAAUAUGACUGUGAGAUCCAGGCUGCUUUUCAGCACUGGGAGAGUGAAAAGCUCUUACUGUUUGACACAGUGCAGAGUGAACUGGAGGAGAAGAUCCGUCGCCUGGAGGAAGACCGCCAUAGUAUAGACAUUACCUCAGAGCUGUGGAAUGAUGGGCUACAGUCUAGAAAGAAUAAGAAAAAAGAUCCCUUCAGUCCGGAUAAGAAGAAGAAGCCAGUCGUCGUUUCAGGACCAUAUAUUGUUUACAUGUUGCAAGAUCUGGAUAUCCUUGAAGACUGGACUGCUAUAAGAAAGGCAAUGGCUACCUUGGGACCACAUAGAGUAAAGCCAGAUGUUUCGGCUAAGACUGACAAGCACCAGCACAGCGCGCGGUCGGAGGACGGGCGCCUCUUCUAUGAUGGCGAGUGGUACAGCCGGGGCCAGCCCAUAUGCAUUGACAGGAAAGACGAGUACCCUACCAGUGCCAUAAUAACAACCAUCAACCACGAUGAGGUGUGGUUCAAGCGGCUGGAUGGCAGCAAGUCGAAACUCUACAUUUCUCAGCUCCAGAAAGGCAAAUACACCAUCAAACAUUCGUAGUGUCCCCAAGACCCCAUGGCCUUCUGUUUUUCCAUUUUUUUUUUUUAUCAGAGUGACUUGAAGAAAAUGUGGAAGGUUGAGCCCCUUAUGUUUUCAGUACUUUGCAAUAAGCAAAGUUUAAACUGAUUGGCAUACAUUUCCUGGCUUUUCCUUUAAUGUAUAUAUUAGCUAUGAUUGUGCACUUUUCAACUUAAGUGUCUCACUGAAAGCAAAAAGGUUAAAGUUUAUAAAUCUCCUCACUCUGCCUUGGAGAUGGUGCUGCUUUGGGUAAAAUAGUUGCCACAGAGAUAGUAGAGCAAAAGAGAAAGGAGUGGAGAUGCUGGGGGAAAGCGAUGCUAAUAUUUGGACCAUAAACAUUAUUGUUUUUCUAUUUCAUACGAGGCCAAAACAGUGCAGUGACGUACUGACAGCCUAGUAGGUCAACAGUCCUGUAUGGGCAGCUGUCCCCAAAACCAGGUGUCUCUUGUGGCAGACUCCGACACAUCCUGUUUGAAUGCCCGAUGUUGAGCAUUUCUCUGCACAUGUUGAGCUAUUUACCUCACAGUGAAGCAUCUGCUAUCAACUUCUUACCCUUAACAUAGUAUUACAUGCUAUGUUGCUGAUACUUAACCAUGAGACUUGAUUCUCUGUCUCUGCCAGCAUCUAUUUGAGGUUUGUUGUUAGUUGGCUUCACUGUUUGCCUCAACUGAUGGGAGCGAUAGGAGUUGACCGUCAAAAUUGGAGAAAGCUUUGUUUUAUUGUUUACUUAAACCAUUAUCAAUUGCUUAGAAAUGUCAUGUUCUUCUUUGUGUUUUGUGAUUCUUUUCAUUUUUCAUAACAAAAUGCUCCAGAAACUGACCAUGUUGUGGUUUCUUUUUUUUCAUUACUUUAAAGUCUGCCUUUCUUUAAACUAGAGAAAUUGGCAAAGUAAGGAAGUUAAUAUUUUCCGCUCUGAGUGUGCUUGUCUUGGUACACACACCUUUCUCUGAGAUGUGGACUCAUGCUCAUAAGGGGGUCAGCUCCUGCCCACACAUGGACCGAACGAACAGUUCGUGGUGGUCAGUAGCCAAAGGCACGUGUCCACACUGCCUAACAUUCCACAGCUGGAUUGCAGCAAUGUGUUCCUAGUCUGCUCUUGACUUUUUGUUACAUUUCUUUUGCCUGCCUUUUUUAAACAAGCACACAGUGAGCACCUGCCAAACACAGAAAACAUUAUUGCAUAUGGAGCUGGUAAUUGUCCUCUAAAUGCUAGCAUUGUGUAGUGCAGGAAACAUCUGUGGCUUCGUGUCAAAUAGGAAGCUUGUAUAAGUAAGGUUCUCAGACAAUCUAUUGCCUACAAAAACAGCUUUAGCUUGCAUUUUUUUCUAUUGAAAUUAUUAUUCACAUGAAAUAAUUGAAGUUGUGCUGGAUGACAGCAGUUCCAAAGACACAUCCAAUCAUAGUCUUCUUCCUUUGCUUAUUUACAGGGAAGGUGUGAUGCUUUGGGAAGCCCCUUCACUUAUUUGCUUGGGGAUUGGAACCCAUUUCUUACAUAGGGGUUCAGCUGAUUUGGAAAGGGAAAAGAUUAGGAUACUGCUCCCAUGGGGCCUUCUGUUCUGUUAGUACACAGGUGUGUAGAAGGGCCUCUUGACUCCUGCUGCCUGCUGUUAAAAUGAGAAAGUACCAUAUUCAUUUUUGUAUGUUUCAUACUGCCUUUGAGUUAAAAAUGUGGUAUUUCACACACCCACCCCCCAUAACACAAAGUGGUCGUGGUAUGCCUCUGUUUCAUUUUUAUUUUUAUAUUCUGCAGUUUGUACAGGUUAACAUUUAAGGUGGUUAUAAAGAGUAAAGGUGGACUGUUAACUACAUGAAAUAAUUGUACUGCAUGGGACACUGAGUAUAUCUAUCUGAGUAACUCCAGAGAGAAGUUACAAUUACAACUAGAGCAUCUUCUGAUACGUUCUUCACCAGAUUGGACAUGUGGUGUCACAGCUAAGUGCAUAACUAGUAAAUGGGUGGAGACUAUCAAACAGAAAGUGAUACCCUGGAUUGAAUUAUGGGUGGAUGCUUUUUUCGAUGAUGUCUCAAGCGUCCUGUUGGAAUGGGCAGCAGUGGUGAUGUCAAACAUUUUACUGUCUAAAAUUUUGGCUGGCUGGCAUCAAAUCCUUUAGAGGGGAACGCCUGUUUUCAGUGUUCUGUGUGUAAAUACAGUGUGAACCUCACAGGGUUAAUAUAUGCGUGUCCUGAUGUUUACUUUUUAAAUUAAACAUCUGCCACAGUAUUCCCCCAUUUUUAUUUAAUAUGACCUUCGGAUUUUGUUUUGAAAUUGCAAAGCAGUUUUUCCUUUCACAUUGUAUGAUGUCACUAGUGUCAGAUUUUUCAGUGCAUGUACAGCAUUAAAUACGUUUGCU